CUAUGAAGAACGCUAGUCUCAACUUUCAAUCGCCUGCUCGAUCUAUAAAGAUUAUGAAGGUGUUUGGCAGUGCGCUGCUUUUGAUAAUUUAGCUUCUGCUUUGAGUGGAAGUGAUUUUACUCUGUUUGGCAUGUCAGCUUCUGCUUUUCACCAAUAUUAUUUUGUAUAUGGAACACCGUUUCGGAGAAGCAGCACUCCUCAUCCACUUGUGAUAGUUUUUGAGUUGAUAUAAUUCAUACUUGAGAUUAUAUUCUAUGAAUUGAGGCUAAUGGUAGAUAAUUGGACAAAAAUCACUCCUCGAAAUUGAUGAAGAAACUUGAAUCGGAGAGGGGAGAUCGUUGCUCUAGUUCGGCCAAACCCACUGCGCAAUGGGGGAAAGGGAGCGGGCAACGGUCGGCGACGGCGGCGGAACUCUCGGUGGCUGCUGCGGCGGCUGGCUCUCCCUGGCAGACAGACGGCGACGUAGAGCUGGGCAGGGGAGUCGAUGGAAACGAACGGGAAGGAGAGAGAUAGUGCGUAAGUGUAACCCCCUACCUAUUUCAUAUAAAACUAAACAGAUAUUUAGGUUCCAGCUUACACUUUCUUGCCAGUUAGGAAAGAUUUAA